UGUCCUCAACCAACAACACCACGACCUACUCUUCCACCAACUACCCCAUUUACCUGCAGACCAGGAUCCAAAGACCCACGCUGUCCUCAACCAACUACGCCCCGUCCACCAACUUGUUAUCCUGGAUCAUUCGAUCCUCGCUGUCCUCAACCAACAACGCCACGACCUACUCUUCCACCAACCACCCCAUUUUCCUGCAGACCAGGAUCCAAAGACCCACGCUGCCCUCAACCAACUACGCCACGUCCACCAACUUGUUAUCCUGGGUCAUUCGAUCCUCGUUGUCCUCAACCAACAACAUCACGACCUACUCUUCCACCAACUACCCCAUUUACCUGCAGACCAGGAUCCAAAGACCCACGCUGUCCUCAACCAACUACGCCCCGUCCACCAACUUGUUAUCCUGGAUCAUUCGAUCCUCGUUGUCCUCAACCAACAAGACCACGACCUACUAUUCCACCAACUACUCCAUUUACAUGCAGACCGGGAUCCAAAGACCCACGCUGUCCUCAACCAACUACGCCCCGUCAACCAACUUGUUAUCCUGGAUCAUUCGACCCUCGUUGUCCUCAACCAACAACACCACGGCCUACUCUUCCACAACUACCCCAUUUACAUGCAGACCAGGAUCCAAAGACCCACGCUGCCCUCAACCAACUACGCCCAGUCCACCAACUUGUUAUCCUGGAUCAUUCGAUCCUCGUUGUCCUCAACCAACAACACCACGACCUACUAUUCCACCAACUAUUCCAUUUACCUGCAGACCAGGAUCCAAAGACCCACGCUGCCCUCAACCAACUUCGCCCAGUCCACCAACUUGUUAUCCUGGAUCAUUCAAUCCUCGUUGCCCGAAACCAACAACACCACGACCUACUGUUCCACCUACUACUCCAUUUACAUGUAGACCAGGAUCGAGAGACCCACGCUGCCCUCAACCAACUACGCCCCGUCCACCAACUUGUUAUCCUGGAUCAUUCGAUCCUCGUUGCCCGAAACCAACAACACCACGACCUACUAUUCCACCAACUACUCCAUUUACCUGCAGACCAGGAUCCAAAGACCCACGCUGCCCUCAACCAACUACGAGCCGUCCACCAACUUGUUAUCCUGGAUCACUGGAUCCACGUUGUCCUCAACCAACAACGCCACCGCCUACUUUUCCACCUACUACCUCAUUUACCUGCAGACCAGGAUCCAAAGACCCACGCUGCCCUCAACCAACUACGAGCCGUCCACCAACUUGUUAUCCUGGAUCACUGGAUCCACGUUGUCCUCGACCAACAACACCACGGCCUACUCUUCCACCAACUACCCCAUUUACCUGCAGACCAGGAUCCAAAGACCCUCGUUGCCCGAAACCAAACACCACGACCUACUCUUCACCAACUACCCAUUUACCUGCAGACCAGGAUCAAAGCCAUCGUUGCCACGAAACCAACAACACCACGGCCUACUCUUCCACCAACUACCCCAUUUACCUGCAGACCAGGAUCCAAAGACCCUCGUUGCCCGAAACCAACAACACCACGACCUACUCUUCCACCAACUACCCCAUUUACCUGCAGACCAGGAUCCAAAGACCCUCGUUGCCCGAAACCAACAACACCACGACCUACUCUUCCACCAACUACCCCAUUCACCUGCAGGCCAGGAACCAAAGACCCUCGUUGCCCGAAACCAACAACACCACGACCUACUCUUCCACCAACUACCCCAUUUACCUGCAGACCAGGAUCCAAAGCCCCUCGUUGCCCACACCAACUACGCCUCGUCCACCAACUUGUUAUCCUGGAUCACUGGAUCCACGUUGUCCUCAACCAACAACACCCCGACCUACUCUUCCACCAACUACCCCAUUUACCUGCAGACCAGGAUCCAAAGACCCUCGUUGCCCACAACCAACUACGCCUCGUCCACCAACUUGUUAUCCUGGAUCACUGGAUCCACGUUGUCCUCAACCAACAACACCCCGACCUACUACUCUUCCACCAACUACCCCAUUUACCUGCAGACCAGGAUCGAAAGACCCUCGUUGCCCACAACCAACUACGCCUCGUCCACCAACUUGCUAUCCUGGAUCACUGGAUCCACGUUGUCCUCAACCAACAACACCCCGACCUACUCUUCCACCAACUACCCCAUUUACCUGCAGACCAGGAUCCAAAGACCCUCGCUGCCCACAACCAACUACGCCUCGUCCACCAACUUGUUAUCCUGGAUCACUGGAUCCACGUUGUCCUCAACCAACAACUCCACGACCUACUCUUCCACCAACUACCCCAUUUACCUGCAGACCAGGAUCCAAAGACCCUCGUUGCCAACAACCAACUACGCCCCGUCCACCAAUUUGUUAUCCUGGAUCACUGGAUCCACGUUGUCCUCAACCAACAACACCACGACCCACUUUUCCAGCAACUAUUCCAUUUUCCUGCAGACCAGGAUCCAAAGACCCCCGUUGCCUGCAACCAACUUCCCCUCGUGAUUCUCCUUGUUAUCCUGGAUCUCAGGAACCACAUUGUUCUCAGCCCACAUCACCACGGCCUAUUCGACCAGCUACUCCAUUUACCUGUACACCAGGAUCCAAAGACCCACGUUGCCUUCAAGCAACUACAACGCAGCCGACAUCUCCUCUAUUCUGUGAACCUGGAUCCCGAGACCCUCGUUGUCCUCCUCCUAGCUGUCCACCUGGUUCCAGAGAUCCUUGGUGUCCUCAGACUACGACAUCUACGCCACAUCCAACAACCCAAGUAGGGGAUGGUACCGGGCAAAAGCCCGUUACCAGAAGGCCACCCAAAGACGAUGACCAUCAUGGCGACGCAGAUCCAAAGUAUCAUGCUUUUCAUUCAUACCUGUACCUACCGCCUCCCCGACCUCGAAGUCACGCUGGACGCAGAAGGCGAGCGGUGGCAUCGGGUCAGACCAUGAUGGUGAGCUUGGGGGUCAAGCAGCUCGUCAGUGCGCCGCCCUCACACACGCAAAACAUUAUCCUUGACACCGAAGGGGAAAAUCUCUUGUUAGAGGUAACCGAUUCUGGCCGAGUUGUGUUACCACUUCGUGAAGCUCGUCCGCUCAUCGAAGAAGUGGAGCUGGACUACAGAACAUUGCUCUCCAAGGCGUUGGUUAAAGACAAAGACACUCAGCUUGAAAUAACACUGCGCGGGGAACCUAAAUAUUCUUACAUGACAUCAAGUGAGGGUGUCUCCUCGUCGUCAUUGUCGGGAUAUAGCACUCUCCUACUAUCGCUGAUGAUUUUGGCUAUGGUCGUAGGAGUGAUAGCUGUUGUCAGAGCCUUCAAGAUGACACGCAAAGUCCAAAAUACAAGUUUUCUGCCAGCUUAAACUUUCUCAGUCACUGAUGAGAAAUGCUGAAAAUUUAUUGUUUAAUAAGAAUUUACAUUUAUAUAUCUUGUAAAUUUAAUGUUAAAAUUAUAGAGAACGGUAGAACAAUCAUGGUUUAUAUUGGCUUAUGGUUAAUUGCUUAAGAAGUCGAAAAGAAAGAAAAAAUAAUUAGUUUCUCUGUUAAACUAAUUACAGCAAAUUAAAAAAUUUUCUCCGAGCUGGCUCAGAGAUACAAAUUUAUUACAGUGUUUUCAGUAAUGCAAUAGCUAAAUUUAUGAGAAAUACUGGAGAAUAUCAAAUUUCAAACUAUUCUUGUGAUAUGAAAAAUUCCUCACUGGUAAACAACUCGACUUAGGCCACUGUACGGAAAAUUGGGCUGUCACAUAUACCACAUAUAUAACAUAUAUAAAGGACUCUUGCCAUAAGUUAGGAAGAACUUGAUUAUUAUUAUAAUCAAAACUAAGCGUUAAACCACCAGGGCCAUACAUCGAUGCCGGAAAAAGUUGAACAUGGCUUCCCUCACUACAGCCGGCUGUCGUUAGGUGUACUGCCGUGUUUGUGACGCCAAUAUUAGUGUUCUAGGGAGAGUAGCAUGUGCAGUAUUAUUGUUCAAGUCUCAGCCCAUCUCCUCUACCAGUGUCUUUCUUUGUAUUAUGGAUUCAUGUUUCUGUGUUGGAAAUCCUAGAAUGAGCAAUGAGACUCAUUAGGGUGUCCAGGAGUGAGAAUCACUAUGGUGUCCAGGAGUGAGACUUACUAGGGUGUCCAGAAGUGAGGCUCACUAGGGUGUCCAGGAGUGAGACUCACUAGGCUGUCUAAGAGUGAAACUCAAGACACUGAGGAGUAAGGACCUCACCAGAGAGUAAGAUUAAUUUACUAGUAUAGUGGUUAAUGUUCUUGGGAUAACUAGUUAUUAGAGGCUGCUAAGUGAUCUAAAUGACUAAUGGUCGUUGCUAAGUGAUCCAGACGACUAAUGGCUGUUGCUAAGUGAUCCUGAUGACUAAUGGUCGUGAUGUAAGAUUAUGAUUAUUUCUCCGGCCAUCUAUCCAUGUAAUUAUUUAAAGUUUUAAUCAAUAAUUUUAACCUUACAGGAAUUUACGCCGUGCCAUCAUUUCCUGGGGAUACAUAAUAACAAAUGAACUGUGAUGUAAACAGAUUCACAGUUCACUUUCACGUAGAAGGAUUCCUUACAGUGCAGUAGUGUAUCUUAUUAUGGAAUAAUGAACUUUCUCUCCUUGUAGAUUUUUCUUCCAGAUAUUUAAAGAAAUAUUAAAGGAAAUCUUUGGUUAAAAUAUGUAUGGAAUAUAGCUUUAAAAAAUGAUUAGCUUCUCUGGUAUAUAUAAAUUCACUGACUUGGCCCAAAAUUUUACGUUUAAUAAUUUAUGUGUGGCAAUGUUUACUUCUAACUUGUUAUUAGUUAGAUGGCAAUAUGAAAGUCAAAGGAAUCUUGAUAGGUAAAUAUUGCUUUACAGAGGGAAUUUAUCUUAGGAUUAGGUAUUGAAAACAUAAGAGAAAAUAUCGAUCAAGCAAAGUUGUAAUAAUUUUGUUUCAAAUACGUUGCUCGGUUGGUUCAUGGGGUUUGAAGCCUAUCCACUACAAUAGAAUAAUUAAGGAUGUACUUACUUUUCACCACAAGUCAAGAAUACAUGUAAGAGUAGAAUUAGAGUGAACUCUCAGCAGUGUUGUUAUUGAUUCAGUACCACUCA